AUGACGGAAGUACCACUGGAAGUCGUUGAUACGGUUCUGCUCCACGUGGACGACGUCAAGGAACGAUUCCGCAUCGCAGUUAUACUUUGCAGACUCCAUGUGCGCGACUCCUGCAUCCCACGCCUACCGCAAUGCGCUCCAGAUUGUGCCGCUGAACGUGGGAACGUUGACCUGCUUGAAUGGUGGAAACAAAGUGGCCUGGAGAUGAAGUGGACAGACAAAGCGUCCUAUCGGGCUAGCAGGAACGGUCACAUCGCUGUGCUCCAUUGGUGGAAACAGAGGGGGCUGGAGAUGAAGUGCACUGCGGCGUAUGUGUGCGAUUGGGUUAGCAAGAAUGGACACGUCAAUGUUCUCGAUUGGUGGAAACAGAGCGGUCUGGAGAUGCAGUGGACAAAGGAUGCCUGCGAUUGGGCGAGCGGGAAUGGCCACGUCGCUGGGCUCAAUUGGUGGAGACAGACUGGUUUGGAGAUGAAGUGGACAUCGGAUGCGCGUGAUAGGGCUAGCGAAACUGGGCACGUCGCUGUCCUAGAUUGGUGGAAACAAAGCGGACUAGAGAUGCAGUGGACAGCGUAUGCGUGCGAUUGGGCUAGCAGGAAUGGUCACGUUGCGGUGCUCGAUUGGUGGAAACAGAGCGGUCUGAGGCGGUAA